AUGGCUGCUGUUAUGGGUCAAGGAGGCGACGGUGGUGACGAGCCACCACAUCCGUUCGGUGGAGGUUUUGGUGAUCACCAGAACGAUGUGGUACCUCCGAGACGAAGAGGCAUGGCGACUCAUCAUAUAGCCGACUCUGGUGGUGAUCCAGACACUAUUGAUUGGAUCGCAAUAUUUGAGAAGGUGUUGGUUACACGAAGGGGGCAUGUGAGAGGCAUUGGGCCUAAAGCUUCUUCAACUGCGGGUACAAGUGCUCCAUCCCAAUGGCAGUCACAAGCACCGCAACCAACACAAGUACUUGUGACUUAA